GUACUUCCUCUGACCAGAAACCUUGUAUAAUAUGUCAGCAGCAGGAUGCAGAGCAGUAUGGCUUUAACGCGGUUAUAUCAUUUUAAUAUAAAACAUUAUGUCCGUAGAGGAUUGCUUAAGCAACAUACACAAUAUAAACUUCUUGUGAACGGAGCAGCUACCAGAGCGGCCGGCUCUGGCGCAGACGGUAAAUCCCACGGUAAGAAGGAGUCUCUGCGGAAGCCCAAGACUCCAUUAGGCCGCUUCGACAGUACUGAAGAAGCGUCCACUGAGAAAGACUCACUGGAAAAAUUCCCUGAUGACGUAAACCCAGCUACGAAGGAGAGAGGCGGACCGAAGGGGCCGGAGCCCACUCGAUACGGGGACUGGGAGAGAAGGGGGCGGUGCAUUGACUUUUAGUCCAUUCUGGACAUACUUAUCUGUUGUCUGAAAAUAGAAUACUGUAGAUUCAGGUGUCCCAUAAUAAACACUGUAUCCAAAGGACCUAAGCAUAAGAAUCACCUUGCAAAAAAUAGUGGAAAUCGAAAUCUGAUAACAGAUGUCUACCACUAUUUAACAAGCUCCAAGGAUACGACGUUUUUUAAACAAAGGCUUACAUUUCUGAGGGCAACCUUGGUGUUGACUUUCAGUUUUAAUGCUGAUGAAAAAUAGACAUUUUUGUUAUCCUAUUCAAGUAAUGGGUAUGAGGGCACAGUGUUGACGCCACUUUAAACCGCUCCAAAUCCCUGCACCUGUGUGUGUGUGUUCGUAAACUGUAUUACAAAAGGCAAGAACUUAGUUAAAUACAGUACACUUGAAUUUCUAAACCUCCACCACGAUGAUCCCAAUUUCCUCCAUGAAUACAUUUGUAAUUCCAGUGUAAUUUUAAGAAAGGCUUUUGUGAGUAAGAAGCCUUUUAUAGGAUUUGAAACAGACUGAAUGUAACCUUUAUGAAGAUUAAAUUAAAAUGAUUUUGAAUUGAA